AUGCGACGGCAGAACCGGUCGUGCGACCAGUGUCGCAAGGCGAAGCGAGCCUGCGACGCGCCGUCGCUGCAGGGAAAUGGCCCGAUCGCCGCUGCGGACGGUGAUGCACUAGGCGAAGAAUGUCUACCGUGCUCCUAUUGCGUGCGGACAAACAAGCGCUGCACGCUCAAUUGGGCACGGACCCAGCGACAGGUCGCCGAAGCUGCCUUGGCUGCCCGAGCGCCAGAGCUGCACCGUCCCAAACGAAAGCGCACAGCUUCAACGGAUGUUCAUCUGAAUGCUGUUCGGCUCGUCGUUUCGUCUGUGUCUGCGCCGCCUCUGGCAGAAGCAUGUGAUAGCUUUCAAGACGGCGAUGCUGAUCCAUUGUCAUCACUGAAUCUCCACGCCGGCAUGCCAUACUGGGCGACCGACCACCCGUUCCUAGCCUUUCGAGACACAUCCAUGGCAGUCAUGGACAGCAACACGCCCCUGAUGUCUCUUCCCACCUGGAACAUGCCGUUCAACAUGCCACUGCAACCGCACUUUGAUCCCAUCGUCCCGCAGCCUGUGCUGGAUGAUGCUGCCAUGUGGUCGAUCCCGAUGCUGCUGCAGACUAUGCAGACGGCCGCCAGCCAGCAGUCGUUCGUGAACGUGAGCGCCGCCUCGUCACAAGCGACAGCAACGUCGUCAGUAGCAGCCAGCUCGGAGUCCGAGCCAGACAGACGUCGAUCAUCCAGCGCGACGUCUGCCGUCUCAUCCUCGUCACUUGAGCAGCUACUGGCAACGCGAGCCAAUGGUCGGGCCAUCUCGGCGAACCUGCUGCAGAUUUACCACGACGUGCUGGAGCACAACUUUUCUUGCUGGAUCACUGAGGCCACCUGUCCGUACAAGGGCUGGAGACGGGAGGGGGUCCGGGGAUCCGCCAGCAGCAGCAGAAGCAGCAACAGACAACAGACAGUGGUGGGCCGACCGCGGCCGCAGGAGCUGGGUCCGCAGUGGUCGAACCGAAUCUACCUGCGGGUCAAGCAGCUGGACCAGAUGGCCGAAGCGGCUGGCCUGAUCGACAUCACGGCCAAGCAGAGCCAGGCCAGCCAGCGGGCCCUCGACUUGGUUAUCAUGGCCUUUGCCACGCAGUGGGCACAGGGAAGCAGCCGCCAGCGGGAGGCGUAUGCGGCCAACUUUGCCGUGGCGGCCGAGCAGGGCGACGCGGCCAACCUCACGCCCGACGAGUUUGACCGUCACCUGCAGAGGACAUUGUGGGAACAGGCACGCCAGGCGCUGCAGGCAUCGGCCGACGUGGAGUCGUACCGCAUGGUGUGUGCCGAGCUGAUCUUUGGCUUUGUGCAGCGACCGUGGAGUGAGACAGACGUGUCCGCGAUGCUGGGAUUUGGUUGCGGUGUUGAUGCUGGCAGCCAUCCUGCCCGCCCUACUGCCCCCCCUCUAUUCCCCUCCCGGACACACUUCUUGGCCAGGCUCGAAGACGUGCUGGCGCGAGAUGGGCCGCCCAUCUUCACCGAGCGGGCGGCCCGCAAGAUGCACAGCCUCAAGUACCGGUUCGACCGCCACGAGGCCCGCGGCCGGUCUCGCGUCGCUGCCAAAGACAGGGCUACUGUCGGGCUGCUAUACUGGCUGGCCGUCAUGAUCGACACGAUCCAGGCAUCGGUGCACGAGCGCCCGGUCGUGCUGGCGGACGAGGACAGCCAGCACGACGCGGCCAAGGAGGAUGACGAGGAGGAUGGGGAAGACGAGUACGAGGAUGAGGUACUGGACGACCUCUCCUCGGGGUCGUCGCAGUCGUCCGAGGGGCGUUUUGUCACCAGUGUUGGCAACCAGGACGGCAGCAACAACUGCGGCUUCCCUAUCAGCACCGGCCUCGGCACCGGUCUCGGCAACUCGGGAUUUGUCAGCAAUGGCACGUGCCUCGGCAACUCGGGCUUUGUCAGCACCACUCCCAACCAUAGCCGCUGGCGCAUCGACCUCUUCAUUCAGGACAACCCCGAGUGCCAGCCGGCCAAGCGACAGCGGUGGCCGUGCUCGUACGAUGACGCCAGCCUGACGAUUGCGCGCUCGGCCCCGGUCAAGGUGCUGCUGUACCGCUAUGUGCACUACCUGCAGAAGCUGCUGCGAUCGCGACGGCACGUCCGACGGGCGCCCGAGCGCACGACAGCCGCCACGCGGGCUGCGGUCGCCGUCGAGGACACGGUACGGGAGACCCUCCUGGUGUACCGGUACUGGGACGAGACGUACGGGGCCUUUUACCGCGACGUGGUGCAGCAUUACGGCUCGGUGCCAUCGCGCAUCCGCGGCUGGUCCGUCUGCAUCGCUGCUCACUGGCAUCUGGCUGCCAUCAUGCUGGCCGACGUAUUGGAGGAGCUGGAUGGCCGCGGCUAUGGCAUCGAGGCUGCUCGCGCCGUCCGCCAGGUGGCCAACACGGUCGCGACCAUGCGGCGGUCCAGCGCAGUGCAGCUCUCGGAUCUCGCCCGCAUGGCCACGCCUUUCGGAUUUGCCCCCGAGAUCAGUAAUUUCAGUCCUGAGCUCGUGCCGGGCUUCUCUCCUGGCUUCGCGGCCGGCUUCGCCCCCGACUGCUCGCCCAACUUCGCUCCCAGCUGCCCGCCCGACAGCUGUGCAGCCCCCGACUUCCACUUUGCCGUUCUCGAGGGCACGAUCUUGACGGAGCCCUGGUCGAUGCUGCUGAUCCAGGCGUUCUCGCGGGCUGGAAUCCUGCUGCUGCGGGAGUACGACGGGCAUCAGCCCCGAUUCCGGUGCGAAGACUGCGUGCGGGCGUUGUGGCUGUUGGGCAAGAAGUCGGACAUGGCGCGCACAGCGGCCACGGUGCUUUCCAGGGCAAUGCGGGUGGAUGUGUGA